GGGAAGCACGAGCCGUUUAAUAUUAACGAGGCAGUUUUCCACUGCGGUCAGCUCCUGUGUCGGCUGCCCUGGGUCUAGUGAGAUCCCUUGUCUUUCGGUCGUUGGAAGCCGGGGCUGGAAGCUCGCUGCGUUCAGUCAGUCGACGGAUCGGCGGGCAGACGAGCUGACUGACUGACGGACCGACCGGCGAGGGCUGGCGGUGUCGUUGUUUUGGUUCGUUCCUUUCCCUCAAGCCGCGGCCCGCCUGUGCUCCAAGAUGGCGGCGCUGGAGGUGCGGCGCUGCCUGGCGGCGCUGCUCUUGGUGCUGGCCUAUUCGGCCCCGCCGCCCGUGUCGUGCGCCGGACUGGGACGAGGGAGGGUCGGUUCCGUUACCCGGAGCCCCGCGGCCUCGCCGUGCAUUUCAGGCUGUACGUGCAGCGGGCAGCAGUUGGACUGCAGCAAGCAGGCCUGGACUCGCAUUCCCCGUCAGCUGCCUGCCUGGGUCGUCUACCUAAAUUUGAGUUAUAAUAAACUGGCUUCAAUUGAUCCUACUGUUUUCACAGAAUUGCCGAACCUUCGUGAAGUGCGGCUUGAUCAUAAUGAGUUGACUAUGAUCCCUGAUAUGGGACUUGCUUCAGCCCACCUGGUCUUUCUCUAUCUGCAUCACAAUAAGAUCCGCAGCAUUGAGGCAAAUCAUUUGAAGCUUUAUGAGUCCCUAGAAACAUUGGAUCUAACUUACAAUGAAAUAACUGAAAUCCAAAAUAAUUGCUUUCCACAGCAACUCAAAAUUAAAGACCUAUAUCUGGGUAAUAACCGAAUAAGUAUUGUGGAACCUGGCACAUUUGAUAAUUUGUCAAGCACCUUACAAGUUCUUCGGCUAAGCAAAAAUCGAAUUUCACAUCUGCCUGUCAAGGUCUUCAAGUUACCACAUUUGGUGCAACUUGAACUGAACCGGAACAGAAUACGUCUCAUCGAUGGGCUAACAUUUCAUGGACUAGACAACUUGGAAGUUCUUAAGCUGCAGCGGAAUAACAUCAGCAAGCUUAUGGAUGGAGCCUUUUGGGGUCUUGCCAAGAUGCAAGUUCUGCAUUUAGAUAACAAUAUCUUGAAUGAAGUGACAAGUGGCUGGCUUUAUGGGCUGUCCUCCCUGCAGCAGCUUUUCUUGAGCUAUAACAGCAUCUCUCGAAUAAACCCUGAUGCCUGGGGAUUCUGCCAGAAGCUAGUAGAACUGAAUCUUUCACACAACAACCUGAUGAGAUUGGAUGAGGGAAGCCUAGUGGGGCUGAGUGGACUGCAGUUCCUCCGCUUAAGCCACAACUCAAUAAAUCAUAUUGCAGAUGGAGCUUUUAAAGGAUUAAGAAGUCUACAAGUAUUGGAACUGGACAAUAAUGAAAUCUCAGGGAUAAUAGAAGAUACAAAUGGGGCCUUUGCUGGCUUGGAUAAUCUAAGCAAGCUAACGCUGUUUGGAAACAAGAUCAAAUCUGUAGCCAAAAAGGCAUUUGUAGGACUGGAGGCCCUUGAACACCUAAACCUGGGGAAUAAUAUGAUCAGAUCUAUUCAGGGAGAAGCACUUUCCAGAAUGAAGAGUCUAAAAGAAUUAUAUAUGAAUAGUGAUAGUUUUUUGUGUGAUUGUCAACUAAAAUGGCUGCCACAGUGGCUCAUAGGAAGAGAUUUCCAGUCUAAUGUAGUUGGCACAUGUGCUCAUCCGGAAUCAUUAAAAGGCAAAAGUAUUUUCAUUGUGCCUACAGAAAGCUUCGUUUGUGAUGAUUUUCCAAAGCCUCAGAUCAUUGUUCAGCCUGAGACAACCAUGGCUAUGUUGGGAAGAGACAUUCGUUUUACUUGUUCAGCAGCAAGCAGUAGCAACUUUCCAAUGAUAUUUGCCUGGAAGAAAGAUCAUGAGAUUCUGCACAAUGCUGAGAUUGAAAACUUUGCGCAUGUUCGAGCAAAGGACGGUGAAGUAAUGGAAUAUACCACCAUUCUUCAUUUAAGAAAUGUUAAAUUUUCAGAUGAAGGAAGAUAUCAGUGUAUGAUAACUAACAACUUUGGUUCAACUUACUCUACUCGAGCCAAGCUUACAGUCAAUGUGCUGCCAUCAUUUGUUAAAACUCCAAGAGAUAUAACAAUUAGAACAGGAGCCAAUGCUCGCCUUGAAUGUGCAGCCACCGGCCACCCUACUCCACAGAUUGCAUGGCAGAAGGAUGGAGGAACAGAUUUUCCUGCAGCUCGUGAAAGGCGGAUGCAUGUGAUGCCCGAGGAUGAUGUUUUCUUCAUUGUGGAUGUAAAAACUGAAGAUAUGGGAGUUUACAGUUGUACAGCUCAAAAUAUUGCAGGGGCCAUUUCAGUGAAUGCUUCCCUCACAGUAUUAGAAACUCCAUCAUUGAUUUAUCCUCUUGAAGAUCAAACCGUGGUUAUUGGGGAAACUAUUGCUCUGCAAUGCAUGGCAUCAGGAAGCCCAUCUCCACGAAUUACCUGGUUAAAAGGUGAUGAACCUCUCGUGGUUACAAAGAGGCAUCACUUUACGCCUGGAAACCAGCUGCUAAUCAUACGAAAUGUGGUGUCAGAUGAUGGGGGUAAAUAUACAUGUGAGAUGUCUAAUCCACUUGGCACUGAACGAGCUCAUAGUCACCUCAGCAUUUUACCAUCAUCUGCUUGUGUUGUGGGACAAAACAAACAGGAUGGAACAAUGACUGUGGGUAUUAUCAUCAUUGCAGUAGUCUGCAGUAUUGUAAUAACCUCUCUAGUAUGGGUAUGCAUCAUCUACCAGACCAGGAAGAAGAGUGAAGAAUACAGUGUAACAAAUACAGAUGAAACCAUCGUACCACCAGAUGUACCUAGUUACCUCUCCUCACAAGGGACACUCUCUGAACGCCAGGAUACUUCUAUCAGGGUAGAUGGAAGUAGCAAUUUGCAACUAGCAGCACCUAUUCCCAGUGGACAUACAGAGAGCAAUGGUGUAUGUCGGUCUGAUGCCGGAAGCUUUGCAGAUGUGGACAGUCGUAAUAUUCACUAUAGGAAAGCAAAGUAUUGUGUUGGAUGUAAUAUAAAAGAUGAAUGUAAAAAUGUAACAGAAGGAAAACUGUGCUCAGAAAAAAUAGGUUUGUUUGGUGUUCAACCCAUAGUCUGCAUGGAACAGUUUGAUAAUGCCAGCAUUUACCCAAAAGAACUGGAAGCUUCAAGCUCUUACAGAAGUAUGGAUCACUCUCCUGAAGAAGAUGCUAAAGUACAGAAUAGAAUCAAUGGAGGAAUUUUAAAUCAUUAUCCAUGCAAUGGGACUUCCAGUAGUAUGAAGGAAAGGGAAGGGCCUGUUUAUCCUAGCAAUCAUGAUAGGAUGACAUCACAGCCCCAAACCCUAGCAGCUGUAAAGAUUGUUGACAAAAAAGAUACGUCUUCCCAACCUGUGCAGUUAACUCAGGAACUUCACAACCCUGUGCAUCUUCCAUCUCUGGAGGCCUCGGGCAAUUCAGCAUUGUUGUGUGAGAAACCUCGGACUUUAUUGCACAGUAACACUGAAGUUGACAUCAAACAGACUUUGCUACUUAAUGGACAGUUUCCACAUUCUUGAGACUUUGCCUAAAAAGCAGAAGUAAAUUGCAGAAGAAUGCAAACUUACACCUGUGCACUGAAAAUUUUGUCAGCUUUUUGUUACUACCUCACCUCCUUUAGCUUACCUCUCCAAGAUGAAGAGAUGUGGCAGGACACAGCUUGUAUAGGGGAAGACCUAUUCGAGCGUUCUUUAUCUGUGUAUAUAAUUUUUUUAAUCUUCCUUGGGAAGAAUUAAUAGCUCGGCAGUUUACUUGCUUCUGAAGCAUGUAAAUGCGGGGGAAAAUGUAUAAAGGAAUGUUUUGUUUAAUAUGUUUGUAUAUAAGAGUUUCAUAUGUAUCUUUUACAGAAGAUAUUUUAAACCUAUUUAGUGCAUGAAUAACAUGACAUUUUUAGAUUUCUUUGAAACUUUCUCCUGGUUGGUUGCUGUUUUAAAACUUUAUAAAACCUUCUGGUGCCUUAUUACAAGAGGUUAUAAUGAAAGUAACAUUGAAAGGAUAAAUCCACUUUGUUCUAAAUGGCGAGAUGUAAUUGCCUCAAAUUUCUGGGGAUUGCACAAAUUUGUUAAUGAUUCUUUAUCAUAGACAUUUUCAGACAGGUUUUUUUAUAUAUAAAAAUAACUCCUCUGUGGUUGUUAAAGUUUCCCAUUGAAACAUACUUCAGAUAUUACAGAAAAGUCACCCAAAACUUUGUCUGAUCACAGGAUUCAAACAGAAUAGAAUUUGUGUUGUCACUCACCAUCAACCAAUUGGACACCUGGAGAAGUUGAAAAUGCAUCUUAUAAACUACUUCUCCAGUUCACUUAGUGUUCUCAUGAGCUGUUAAGCAAUGUCCUUCUACAUGAAUAAUUUGAGAAAUUGGUGAACUGUAUUGAGUAAAAUAGAAUUUAGGAUUUAACUAAAUAUUGCUACAGUAGUCCAAAUUUACAAGGGUUUGUAAUUUAGAAAUUAGAAAGUUUUAACACUGCAAAAUUUGGAAACAAAUAUUGAAUUUUAAGCAGCAUGCAGCUUUAUAAUUUUAAAAACUGAUAACAUCAUACCCCUUCUUAGCUAUUUCCAUAAUGAAACCGCCUCAGAGACACCAAGUAAAAUGACUGUCCAUCAGUAUUUCCUUUUACGUUGCCAGAAAGGACACGGCAAAGCUGCUUAAUGAAGGCAAAUCGAGGAAGUGUUACUUUUCUGCACAAAUAUUUAUUUAUACAAUUUGCUAAAAAUAUACAUAUUACAGAAAUGGAAAAUAUAGAAAUGUCUAACAAAAUUGAAGUGUCUAAUAAAAUUCAAUUUAUUAUA